UAAUAAUAAUAAUAAAAAUAAAGCAUCCACAACAAAAUUUCUAUCGAAGAAAAAAAAAGAAUCUUUUGUUUAUCCGUUCAAGCGUCGAAGGACGUUUGGACAAAGAGCUAAAAACACUGUAUCGGUUAUAGAUUUUUUGAGCAUUCUUUUAUAGCUGAAUGGUAUAAUUAGCUUUUAAGCCUCACACUCUUUCGCUCUAAAACUUGUGUUUCUGCAAUGGCUAUGAGCGGUUUGGUUUCCAACCGGAAUUUCGGUCAUUUUAUCGGUUCAGGUAUACUAUGUCGAGGGGAGCAAGCCAUCUUGCUUCCCAGGGGAGAAAGAUUAUCUGUAGCUGUUGUGCAUGGGAACAUUGUGAAACCUAUAUCAGUUUCUCCGAAUGGAAGGCAACUUAUUUUGUUGUCACUGCACCAUAGUGAUAAGUCUCACAGAGAUUAUCCUCAACAAAUAAGUAAAGGAAGUUUUGCAUGCUGUUCUUUCUCAAGUUCCUCGCCUGGAGGUUGGCUUGAGGCAGGUGACAAGGACAAAAUAGUAGAAAACAGGACUUCUGCUUUCUAUAAAUCUGAGGAGUAUGACAUAACAGAAGCGAAGUUGGACUCUUUGCCGUCUCCUGAUGAAAACAAUGAAGCUAUUCUAGUUGAACGAGAUAUCCCUUGGUGGCAGAGUUUUCCAAAGCGCUGGGUUAUUGUACUCCUGUGUUUUGCAGCAUUUCUGUUAUGCAACAUGGACCGUGUCAACAUGAGCAUUGCUAUACUCCCUAUGUCAAAAGAGUUUAACUGGAAUAGUGCAACAGUUGGUUUGAUUCAGUCCUCUUUUUUCUGGGGCUAUCUGCUCACUCAGAUUCUUGGAGGCAUAUGGGCAGACAAAAUAGGUGGAAAGCUAGUCCUGGGUUUUGGUGUUGUCUGGUGGUCAGUAGCUACAAUUUUGACGCCAAUCGCUGCGAAAAUUGGACUUCCAUUUUUACUUAUUAUGCGUGCUUUUAUGGGAAUUGGCGAGGGUGUGGCUAUGCCAGCAAUGAACAACCUACUUUCUAAGUGGAUUCCAGUGUCAGAGAGAAGUAGAUCACUUGCACUUGUAUACAGUGGCAUGUAUCUUGGUUCUGUUACUGGGCUGGCUUUCUCCCCCAUCUUAAUCCACAAAUUCGGGUGGCCAUCUGUUUUCUACUCAUUUGGCUCCCUUGGAAGCAUCUGGUUUGCUUUAUGGCUCAGAAAAGCAUAUAGCUCCCCAGAGGAAGACCCAGAACUUAGUAAAGAAGAAAAGAAACUAAUCAUGGGAGGCAGCAUAUCAAAGGAACCUGUUAAGGUCAUUCCAUGGCGGUUAAUCUUAUCAAAAGCUCCUGUUUGGGCUCUUAUAAUCUCUCACUUCUGCCAUAAUUGGGGAACUUUUAUUCUCUUGACAUGGAUGCCUACUUACUACAAUCAGGUUUUAAAGUUCAAUCUCACUGAAUCUGGACUCCUCUGUGUUUUGCCUUGGUUGACUAUGGCCGCCUUUGCAAAUAUAGGAGGGUGGAUUGCAGACACACUCGUUAGCAGAGGUCUUUCCAUAACAGCAGUGAGGAAGAUCAUGCAAUCGAUAGGCUUUCUGGGGCCAGCCUUCUUCCUUACACAGCUAAGCUAUGUCAGAACUCCUGCUAUGGCAGUGCUGUGCAUGGCAUGUAGUCAGGGAUCAGAUGCAUUUUCUCAGUCUGGUCUUUAUUCCAAUCACCAAGACAUUGGCCCACGCUAUGCUGGAGUUCUAUUAGGACUGUCUAACACUGCUGGAGUGCUGGCUGGUGUUUUUGGUACAGCUGCUACUGGCUACAUACUCCAACGAGGCUCAUGGGAUGAUGUGUUUAAGGUGUCGGUUGCAUUGUACAUCAUAGGCACAUUAGUCUGGAACUUAUUUUCAACCGGAGAGAAGAUACUCGACUAGUAAAAUACUAUACCCGGAACAACUGCAUCCUACAUAACCAAGCAAGACAACUUUCGGAAGCGAUAGAAAAAGGAGCGAAGGUGAGUGAAAAAUCCAUGAUCAAACAGCCUUUUAUACCAUCUUAUAAGCCUCUUGUGCAGUUCAAAAAAACACUUAGUUGGCCGGAGAAAUGUUUUAUUUAAAGGCUAAAUUCCUUUGUUUUUUUUCUUAGUUCAUUUUUGUUUCGAGUGUAUUGACUUUAUUGCUAAUAUUUUGUUCCGACCCAUGAAACAAUAUCUUUGCCCAUAAAAUGUUGAGACACAAAUAAUGUGUACAAUUCGGAUGCCCGAGUUAAACUAAA